ACUUAAAAGAUGAUCAGUGCUAGUGAUUUCUACAAGGUCAUGUGUGCAAUGGUUCCUCUAUACUUUGCAAUGCUUGUUGCAUAUGGUUCAGUCAAGUGGUGGAAGAUCUUCACACCAGAGCAAUGCGCCGGGAUUAACCGGUUUGUCGCAGUUUUUGCAGUUCCAGUGCUAUCUUUUCACUUCAUUUCUCAAAACAAUCCGUAUGAGAUGGACACAAAGUUCAUAUUAGCCGAUACUCUCUCUAAGAUGUUUGUGCUUGUUUUGCUAUCAAUUUGGGCCGUUUGCACAGGAAAAUUCGAUUGGAUGAUAACCCUCUUCUCAGUUUCUACUUUGCCGAACACACUAGUCAUGGGCAUUCCUCUGCUUAAAGCCAUGUAUGGAGAUUUCACGCAAAGCCUUAUGGUGCAACUUGUAGUCCUUCAAUGCAUUAUCUGGUACACCUUCUUGCUAUUUCUCUUUGAAUACAGAGGUGCAACGAUGCUAAUCCGCAGCCAAUUUCCUGGUUCCAUUGCUGCCUCCAUCACCAAAUUUGAGAUUGACAACGAUGUAAUAUCCCUAGACGGCCGGGGCCCACUUUGCACCGAGUCAGAAAUGGACGUCAAUGGACGCAUCCAUGUUCGAAUCAGACGGUCAACAUCUUCAGCUCCUGAGUCCGCAUUAUCAUCAUCCCUAGGACUCACUCCUAGAGCAUCAAACCUAUCCAACGCAGAGAUAUUCUCAGUCAACACGCCAGCACCUUUGCAUGAAUUCCACCAUGCAAAUGGUGAUGUUGCUUUUGGGCAUGGUGAUUUAGGGUUUGGAUACCAUGCAACAAGUCCUAGGUUAUCGGGUUACGCAUCAUCGGAUGCCUACUCACUUCAGCCUACUCCUAGGGCAUCAAACUUUAAUGAAAUGGACACUGUGACCGCGACUGCCAUCGUAAACACUCCGAUGUGGAUAAGGUCUCCGGCUGCUGCCGGGAAGGUGCACCGCCAGCCGUCUCCGACAACGAAAAUAGUGUGGGACUCACCGGGGAAGGGUCAAGGUGGUCUUGGAGAGGGACAAGGGCACAAAGAUGCUCUUGGAGAAAACGAUCUUAGUUUCAGAGAUUGCUCAAUUGUCGAAGUAGGUCCGCAUGGUGCAGCAAAAGAUCAAGAAAUGCCAAAUGCUUUUGUCAUGUUAAGACUUAUUCUUAUAAUGGUAGGCAGAAAGCUUUUGCGUAAUCCAAAUACUUAUUCCAGUGUCUUGGGGCUUCUUUGGUCGCUCAUUUCAUUCAAAUGGAAUUUUGGGAUGCCAAGUUUGGUUAAAUACUCCAUCAAAAUAAUCUCCGAUGCAGGUCUUGGAAUGGCCAUGUUCAGUUUGGGGUUAUUCAUGGCAUUACAACCUCGGAUUAUUGCUUGUGGCACGAAAAUGGCGGCUGUAGGAAUGGUGAUUCGUUUUGUCUGUGGACCAUUGAUAAUGUCAGCUGCAUCAAUUGCGGUUGGACUAAGAGGAAUUAGAUUGCAUGCGGCUAUAGUGCAGGCUGCUCUUCCUCAAGGAAUUGUCCCUUUUGUCUUUGCGAGAGAAUAUGGCUUGCAUCCUGACAUACUUAGUACCGGGGUAAUAUUCGGGAUGCUGGUAUCUUUGCCUGUAACGCUGCUAUACUACAUAGUCCUCGGCCUGUGAUCAUGAACAUAGGGAACUCAAAAAGAAGGCUUAGAACAGUUAUCUAAAGCUGCAAUUAUGAUUGGAGAGAAAGCAAAUCAAAGGCUUCAUUUAUACAGAGAGAAAUGAAUUAGCAGUGGAUUUUAGUUUACUGUGUUUUACUCAUGUAAUUAGUGCACGUUCAAGUUAGUGGAGACCGAAAGAAUUGGACCCUAUGUAUAAUUGCUUACGACUGAGAUAUCAGAUUCUCAUAAAAUUAUUGCAAGAGACUGUGUAAGUUGUUGAAGGGCAUAGAUCUAUGUUUGACCCAAGAAAAAGAUGAAAACGGCAAAAUCAUUGA